AUGCCAGAAGCACCCCAACAGCAAACCAUCUGGCCUUUCGAAGGCAGACAAGUCGCCGGCAAUGCCGGAAGCACCCUGACAGUUGAACUUUGGGUUCAAUGUCUGAAAGCGAGACCCAGUGGCAGCGGAAUUGAAGCCCAUGCCGUCUCCCACAAGACCUAUGUUCAACUUCGUCAAUUCAACUUUGGAAUGAACACUCAUCCUCUGGCGAUGUCAUUGCCCAUGAACCUCAGCUGGAAACUCCAUUCCACUUCUGCUGCAAUCCAUGUCAAGCAGCCUGCCCCACCACUGCCAGAGUCACCACUGGCCAAAUCAACCACAUCACUGUUGAACUUCGGUUCCAGUCCAUCUUUGCCAAGCCAGGCCAUCGCCAAUGAAUCCACCAUCUCAGCAUUUCAGUUUGGAGGCCAGGCCCCUCUUCCUCAGGUCGGAAAUUGGACGCCGAUCCCCCUCACUGCUGCUCCCAACCCCACUACACCACCGGCUGCCCCUUCCUCAGAGCCUGUGGCAUACUCUCUGAAGGCUAUGCCCUACAGAGAGCGGCGUCAGACUUUCACAAACCUUGUCGGUGAGGCUGAGAGGGCGGCGAUCGACAUUGUGGCAUGCCUCCAAGGAGAAUGA